CGGAAAGAGCCGGCCCAACUUGAUUCAAACAGACCAAUCGCCAGCGAGCCUCGGAGGUCAUGUGGUUCGUGCCGCUCCUGGGACUGGACGGAGAGAGGAAGCGUAUCUAGGUUUUAAAUCGGUUGGCGGCGGUUGCUGCAGCGGCGGUGACAGGUCUGACGGCCACGGAAUCCCUGGUGUCUCUCUGUUGCCAUUUACUAUGAAGGAAGGAGAGGAAGGUUUGGUGAGGGGGACCACCAAGGAAGGAGCCAGCGUGGACACCCAGAAUGAACUUCCUCUUUUGACUGAUGAGAAAUUUGACUUUGAUCUCUCGCCGUCUUCAUCCAGUGCCAACGAGGAUGAUGAAGUCUUCUUUGGCCCUGUUGGGCACCGAGAGCGAUGUGUGGCCGCCAGCCUGGAGCUACAGGGCUUCAUCCCCAAGGAGGCUGAGUCCCCGCUCACAUGGAGCCCCCUGGCAGGGGAGAAGUAUGUGGAGAUUUUCAAGGAGGCUCGUUUGCUGGCGCUACAGAUAGAGAGUAGUGGCAGAAAGACAGCGUCUGGAGCACGCUCCCCUGAGCCAGCACCAGACCCACGGGAAGAGUUUGUGCGGGAGGCCAGGCUAAAACUGGCCAUCUUUGAGCAAGGACAGGAGGCCCACAGAAGCCCCCUGGCUCUCAAAAGAGAGACCUACUGUGUCCUGACCCCGGAAGCAGCAGCCGUGCCGGCAUCACUCACCUUUGCCGACUCACCAGAGGCCCCAGAGCCUACUGCUUCUGGGUCCCAAAUUUUGAACCAAGGAGUGGCUGAGAGGAAAGCCCCAAGCCGACUGCAGCUCCCCAAGGCCUCAUCCACACCUGGAAAGGGAACUCCUGCCAAGCCUCAAUUGGGGAAACAAACCCAUCCUUUGAGGCUCCCCCUCAGGGGUUCCAGAGUGUCCUUAGGGACUGAACCCUCGAACCAGUCCAGCAGCACUUCUAAGGUGAAUGAGUCCUCAGGUGGUGUUGAUGGUGGCAGCGGCAGCACUACUACAAGAGGCCCCCUUGGCUUCUCUGUGCCCAACAAGUUUGGGGCCAAGAAAACCCUGCUGAAACCUCCCGGGCCCCCCAGGACCCUCCUUGGGGGAAAGAGUGCCUCCUUCUCUGGUCCUGUUUGCAGUGUGAACCUGACCUCAAAUUGGAGUUCAUUGGGGACACCAGGACAAAGCAAAGCUAAGCCAAGUGAGGCUUCCUCCCGCUGGCCCAAUACUCCUCGGCCCAGGCUGAGCCAGGGGAGUGUCUCCUACCUGAAGGAUACCAGGAUGGCCCAAGUCAGCACGCCCUUGGCUGGCCGAACCAGGGAAUCGGCCUCAGUUUCCCUACGGCAGCCACAGACUCCCAGAACUGGAAUCCAGAGGCCUGGUUCCAACCCCAGCCUAUCACAGUCCUCUCAGCCAGUGAAGCCCAAAGGGCCUAGGGGGCCCAGCUCCAGCUCCAAGGUGCCUGCCAACCCAGCUGGACAUCUUGCCCUCUCUGUAGGCCCCUCACCAGAUAACGCUGCUCCCAGAGUCCAGGGCUGGAGCCGGCUGCCAGCAGGCCCCUCAUCUAGAAGGGUGUCCCUGCUCAGCACCCCUGCCCAGUGCUCCUCAGUGGGAGGUCAGCCCCUGGGCAGCUGUGCCCGAACCCCCCUGAGUGCCCGGCGUAUGUCCGCCCUGCCUACACCAUCCAGGCGCCGGGUGUCAGCCCUUCCGUCAUGGUCAACACCUGGAACUGGACUGAGAACUGCCUCUUCCCCCAAGCUAGUGGCUGCUCAACCACCUUCACAGGUGCUGCCCAAGAAGACUGAAGGCAGGCCUGAGCAAGCCCAAGAAACAAGGAGGCUGGGGGCUUCUCGCCUGUCUGACCCCCCAUUGGUGGUGCCUCUCGCCCUCGACUUUGCCUCCCCACCACAGACAGUGUCCAAGAUGCCUGGGGAGGAGACCAAGGAGCAGCCAGUGCCCCCUGAGGCCGUGCUCAUCCACAUUGAACCCGAGCCCUGUGCCACCAUUCCAGCAACACCAAGGCCGCCUCUCUGUAGCCAACCACUCAUUGACUUCUCCAACAGCCCUGAGAUGGCCCCUCGGGGCCUCCCACUGAAGCCAGCCAUGGCCAGUGAAGGCCAGCUUCUCAUUGAUCUGUUCCACUCUCCAGAAGUAGCCCAAAGCAUCCCACCCAAGCCUCUUCCACCCGUCACAGGACAGCUCAUCGACCUGAGCUCGCCCCUGAUCAGCCUCAGUCCUCUGGAGGACAAGGAAAACCAGGCCUCCCCACUCCUCAGGUUGUAGGGGGCAGCCCAAGACUCAGGCCAUCAGUGGGGAAGAGUCAGCAGUGAAUGUUCAGCAGGCUGAACCUGGGGCCUCUCAGAGAUGGAGGCCGGCCUGGCCAAGUUGUCCACAGGCCCAACUUCCUGCCAAUGUCCGGGGGACAGACUGCCCAUCAAUCCCCCGCCCAGAAACCAAAAAAAUGCUUCAUUUCUAGGGACCAGAAGGACGUUUUUAUAUGUUUUUAUCAAGUUUGUUGGAAAGCCCAAUGUAGAUUUAAUUAAACUCUUUGAAAUCCUG